AUGUCGCAGUUUCGCGAUACUUUUACGAAAGAUAGCAAAAAAGAGCCAUUAUUGAGUUAUGAUGACUCAGCAUUUAUUUUUUUUGCGGGAACUGUUUUAAUUUGUGUAUUAAUUCCAUGUACAUAUAUAUAUAUUAAAAAUUUAAUUAAUAAAAUUUUUAACAAUGAUUAUUACAAUUUGAAAAAGUCGAAAAACAACAGUGUUUAUCGGUCGUGUGCUUGUUCCCUGUGUAAGGAGAAACAAGAAAAAGGAAAUAAAAGUACUACAAUAUGGGAUAAAAUAGGAUAUACGAAAAUAAUUCAAUUUUUUCUUUUGAUAAUAUUUUGGGGAUUAUUAGUUGUCUUAGUGAAAGAAAUGUUGAAUACGAAACCAAUGCAAACAUUUGACCCUUUUGAAAUACUAGAAGUGAAUGUUGGAGCAUCCGUAGGGGAAAUUAAAAAAGCUUAUAGAUUAAAAUCGUUAAAAUAUCAUCCUGAUAAGAAUCCAAAUGAUACGUCUGCUGCUGCAAAAUUUAUUUUAAUAACAAAGGCAUAUCAAGCCCUGACUGAUGAAAUAUCGAAGGAGAAUUAUGAAAAAUAUGGAAAUCCAGAUGGACCAGGUAUGAUGAAAGUAGGAAUUGGUUUGCCAAAAUUAUUGAUUGAUGAAAAAUAUCAACUGUUAAUUUUGUCCAUUUUUUUUUUAAUAUUUCUUGUAUUUAUACCUGCAACAUUUAUUAUGUAUUAUCAAAAACAAAAACAAUAUGGUCCGAACGGUGUUAAAAUUGAGACAUUACAAUAUUUAACAUAUACAAUAAAUGAAAAUAGUAGAGCAAAAGUAUACCCUGAAAUGUUAGCUGCUACGGCAGAAAGUAGAGAUAUAGAAUUUAGAGAAGAAGACAAUAAAUAUAUAAAAAAAAUGAUUGAAGAACUUGUUGAGCCAAAGAAAAGGACUUUUAAAGUACCUAUAAUAAUUAAAAAUUAUUUUUUAAUAUUAGCUCAUAUGCAAAGACGAUACGAUUUAUUAUCAGAAGAUUUAAAAAAUGAUUUGGAACAAAUUCUUAAAUUUUCUUUAUUAAUAACACAUAGUAUGAUAGAAAUCAGUAUAUUAAGAGAUUGGUUUUUAACAGCUCAAUCAGCCCUAACAUUUCGAAGAUGUUUAAUACAAGCUUUUGAUAUUAGAAGCUCUAGUUUAUUACAAAUUCCACAUUUUGAUGAAAAUACUAUUAAGCAUGUGCAUAAGGGAAAAUUUGCAGUAAAAGACUUACUAGAGUUUGUUCAUCAAAAUCACGAAAGUAGAAAAGGGUUAGCUGAAAUGAAUGAUAAUCAAAUACUUGAUGUUAAAUCAUUUUGUAAUGUUGUUCCAGAUAUAAAAAUGACUGCUGAAAUAUUGGUUGAAGAUGAAACACAUAUAGUAAAAGGGGACGUAGCUUCUAUUUAUAUUCAUAUUGAAAGAACUAAUUUACAAGAACAGGAAGCUGCAGGUUAUAUUCAUGCUCCUUUUUUUCCUCAACCAAAAUUUGAAGAAUGGUGGAUUAUUGCAACUUACAAAGGAGAUGAUCGUAUUUUAAAAUAUGCACAUGUAAAAAAUUGUGAGAAAAAAAUUGAGGAAAAAUUACAAUUUAUGGUAGAUAGAGUUGGAAAUUUAAGUGUUUCAAUAUUUUUAUUGAGUGAUUGUUAUUUUGGAUGUGAUAAAAAACUAGAUUUACCAUUUAGAGCCUACUCAUCUUCAGAGAUAAAAAGAGAAAUAUUUGUCCAUCCUGAAGACAUAGAAUUAGAUAAUGAACCAACUUUAUUUCAGCAAAUGCUCGGAGAUAUUGGAGGUGGGGGUGAUAGUAGUGACGAAGAAGAAGAUGAUGAUGAUAUUCAUGAAAAGAAUAAGAAAAAAACAAGCCCUCCGAAUAAUAAUAGUGGUAAAAAUAAUAGCAAUAAUAGUAAUAAUAAUAAUCAUAAUAACAGUAAUAGUAAUAAUAAUAGUAGUAAUAAUAAUACAAAUAAUAGGAAUACAAAUACUAAUAAAAGUAAUAAUAAUAAUAAUAAUGAUAAUAAUAAUGAUAAUAAUAACGAUAAAAAUAAAAAUUAUUAUAAAAGUAAUAAUAAGGGAAAAAUGUCCCAAAAUAAUACACCAAGUGAUCAUGAAAAUUAUAUUCCUGAGGAUGAUUCAAAUGACGAUUCUGAUGAUGGAUAA